ACACGAGUUAAAAACUUGUUGAUAACCCAGUUUAAGAAAGCGGUACGAUAUGAGCAUUCGCGCAAGGACAAAUUGGAACUCCGACACACAUACUUAAAGAUACCCUACAGUAUUUUAAUAUUAAUUAAGUUAUUUGCAUUUGGAACUACAAGUUAUAUGGCUGAAUACACACAACAUUACCAAAAAAUACUACCAAAAUAUAGUGAUAAAAAGGAACAGGAAUCUUAUCAGCAGAGUGUUCCACUCAUGCCGGUCCCACCUCCUCCUCCUCCUCCUCCACUUCCACUCAUGCUGGUCCCUCCUCCUCCUCCUCCUCCUCCUCCACUUCCCCCUCCAGCUCCUCCUGCAUUUGGGUCACCUCCUCCUCUUCAGGGAAGUAGUCAGCCACCAAAGGAUGAACAACAAGGGCGAAAUGCACUGUUAGCUGAUAUUCAGAAAGGGAGGCAUCUGAAAAAAGUGGUACAAGUCAACGAUCGUAGCACACCAGUGAUCGACAGUGCAGCUCGAGAUGCAGGGAGCAGUGCAGGUCCCGUGGGGGGAGGAGCAGCUCCUGCAGCCCCCUUGGGAGGCCUGUUUGCCGGAGGCUUCCCUGUCCUGAGACCUGCAGGACAGAGAGACAAUCCCGUUUCCAGACCAGCCCAUUCGCCAGGUGACAUCAGAAAGCAAGUACAAAGAUUUCCUGUCAAUAACACAAGACCUGCUGCCACCACCUCGAUUGAACCCGAGACUCCGAGGCCAGCAAAGCCUUUGGAUCUACCUUAUGCUUCUCGAGGGACACCAGUCAGACCCAGCAUGCUAGCACCUCCCCCUCCCCCUGCCUAUACCAAAUCAGUCGCCUGUGUGCCUCUCACCUCCUCUGUUCCGCCCCACCCACCACCUUUCCAGGAGAGACCUAGCAAGACACUGUCUCUUCCUUCUGGUUCUCUACCCCCUCCUCCUCCUCCUCCUCCUCCUCACCCUCAAAGUAACAAACCUGCCUGGCUACAGAAUCAACCCUCAACCCCUCCCCCUCCUCCCCCUGCUAUGUCCCAUUCUGGUCUCCCUGACAGAUCAUCUGGGAGUUUCUCCUUCCCUGCCCCUCCCCCUCCCCAUAAUAGCCAAUUCAUGGAUAGUCUUAAUUCACAACUGCCACCUCCACCACCGCCUCCCUCCUUUUCAUCUCUUAGGCCCAACAGAUCCUCUCCCAUGCCCUCUAGUGGCAACUGGGGUAACAUGCACGCAACACUUCCUAUGUCUCCCAAGCUACCAUCGACCCCCUCUCAAACCUCAAAGUCUGGCAUGUCUCUCCCUCCUCCUCCUCCCCCUUUCACACCUCCCAUGGCUGGAUUUCCUAGAAGGCCACCUGAUGUACCAAGAGCCAGAGGGGGUGGAAGACCAACCCCUCCUCCAGCACCACCUGCUCGAUCUCCAAACACAGAGCUGUCCAGCCGGAAUCAGAGCCCAGCCAGCCCUGACUGGCCCCUAAGCCACCCCCCUCCCUCUCCACAUCCGCAUAAAAAUGAGGAGAUGCACAAUUUAGAUGACUUUGAAUCAAAGUUUAAGUUUCAUUCAAUGGAUGACUUUCCACCACCAGAUGAAUAUAAGCAAUUUUCCAGAGUAUAUCCAAGCAAAGAGGCAAGAGUUAACUCACAACCACCUCCAAUAAGAACACAUUUGAGAUGAACAGAUUCAGUGGUGUAAAUACUGUGUUAAAAUUGCACCACAGUAACAUGGAGACGGUCCUUACCUUGAAAGAGCAAAGCACGGAGUCUCAAAUAAUCAUCCGUAAAUGUGUACUUCUUGGUAAUUUUACAAACUGCAUUUCUGUUACAACCCAGGUUUGAAAGUUUCCCAAUAAGUAGUACUGCUUAUUAUUCCUGUAUUAUAAAGAUAUCUUGUGUUACUGUAAGCACCUGAACAAAACACCCAAAAACUGUCAGAACUAAACCACCCCCAGUAUUAAAUCUAUUCUCCCAAGAGCUGGCAUGCAGGGUCAUUUCUUAAUCAAUUUCUCCAACUUGUCACUCUGGAUUGUAAAACAUAAUAAAAAUAUAUUUAGGUGAGGCACACUGACAGCAGCAACGCAAAAUGGUGAAAUCAUGAAUUAAAGCACACAAACACACAUGUGCAAUAAAUAUGACAUGAGAUUUUUAUUAUUGUUUUAAAAGGUAUCACCGGAAUGGGGUGCAGAACAUGAGAUUUCAAAUUGUUUUCUUUCAGUCCUUUCUCUCUGCUUUUGAGUUUCCUGUUUUUUGGUUUGGGACCCUUAGCUGUAUUAAACUGGUGUUAAUUUACCGUCUGAGAAUUUAUAUGUAAAACAGGUCAGGGGGAUGGUGGUUGUUUGUCAAAUCUAUAGAAUAAUCUAUAGAAUAAUCUGUAGAAUAAUCAAGAACAUGGUAAAGGAUGCUUAGGAAUUUAUGAAGCUAAAAUACAAUAGAGUGAUAUACGCUACCAUUAAUAAAUUUAAAUAUGCUACAUAGGAUUUAUUAUAACAAGUUAAACAUACUAUUAAUGUUAAAUACUUGGCUGUUUUUCUACUGCAGGUUUUUCUGUUGAAAUUAAAAUGUACAUCUGGAAAAUGGGUAACAUUGCUGGUGUUUUAAAAGUACUUGGUCCCGUGUGUCUUUCCAGAAAAGUAGAAAUGUAUGUCCUCACUCUCAGCCAUGAGUGACCUGCUGUACAGAGAACACUUUUUCUGAAAUAAUAAAUAUAAACCAUAAAGACAUAUAAACUGGUUUAGGGGUGACACUGUGGCAGAAUUCUGAGGCACCACAGACAGGAGCCCCUGGCAUUAUUCACACAUACCUGUGAGUUGUUGGCCUGUGUGAGAAUCUCCCUUUUCACACUGUAACUGAGGCACUGCCCUUCAUUUGAUUGCUUUUUAAAUAGCAGGGUCAACAAUCCAGUGAAACACCUUUUAAAUAGCAUCUCUUUUUAAUCUGUUAUGUCCCGGAUGCCUGAAAAUAACCUCCUUUGGAGACCGGUUAAUGCCCUCUUUUCUUAUCACUUGCAUGAUCCGUUUUAGUUUGCACAGUCCCCUCCAAUGCAAGCGAGCAAACCUCCUGCGCUUGUAAACAAAUUCCUGAUGUGGAUGAAAAGCACCUAAAAUUACUCAUGUGCACAAUAUUUGAAUAUUACUUCCUCUUAGGGGUGUUUCAAGAUUACUGUUCAGACUUUAUGUAAAGUUAUUUUUUGCUACAGCUCAAAUGUUAAACUACUGCCCGUGGGGAAUUAUGAUGCAAUCAUGUAUAUGUAUAUCAGCGUGACUGUCCGAACCAGUUUUUAUUGGGAUUAGUGCAUAUACGGGAGAUUUGAGGUCCUUGUCAAAUUCCUGGUUGGCUCAAAACAACAACAAAAAACAUCCACUGUCAAUUAAGUUCUAAUUAAAUUACAAUUUAUAAUUAUGGUUUGGGAAUACAAAUAUCAAGAAAUGUAGCAGAUGAGACAACGAUCCAUUGUUGUGCUUAGACCAAAGAACACAAGUCAUUCUAAUGGAUUAGUGUUUAUAUGGUUAUCUUAACUAAUUUACCAAACAUGGCUUUGAAGUAAGGCCCAUGACUAACAGUACUUGCAUUGUGUAGAUAAGAGAUGAUUGUAACACAACACACCACAAA